ACCACAAUACAAAACAGAGCUCUCUCUGUUUCCUAAACCAUAAUCUUUCUCAUAUAAAAACACCUUUAAAGCAGAAAGCUUAUGCUCCAAGCACAUCAUCCCUCUCCCACCCUUUUUUUCAGUUAUUAGUAUUUUUUUUAUAUAUAAAUCUUGAAGAGGGUACAUUACACUGUUUUAAAAUAAUAUAAAUACAAAAAAUUAUCUGAACCAAAGAAGCAAAGCAUCUCUAGUUAUUCUUGCAUCCCUCCUUGCUUUCUCUUGAGGGUCAAAGAACACUUGGCAGCCAUCUUUGGGGCAAGAUACAACAACCUCAAAUUAUUGGUUAAACUGGAGAGUGUUUUUAAUAUGUAUAUGGAUAUUGACUGCAAUGGGUAUGGCUUGUUAUCUCAUUACGAAAUACGAAGGACCCGUGAGUCGAAAAUUUAGAAGAAGAGAAGAAGAAGAAGGUAAUGAUAAUAAUGAUGAUUAUGGAGGGGUGUUAUAUGAUGAUGAAUUAUGGAAGCCAUGCUUGACAGGAAUCCAUCCAGCUUGGUUAAUGACAUUCAGAAUAUUUGCAUUUUUUGUGCUAUUGAUUCUUAUUAUCCUAAAUGCCAUUGUUGAUGGAGGCAGCAUUUUUUACUACUACACUCAAUGGACUUUUACAUUGAUUACUAUAUAUUUCGCGAUCGGAUCAUUGUUGUCAAUUUAUGGCUGCAACCAAUAUCGUAACAAAGUUGGUGGUGACAGAAGUGAGGAAUUCGACGAAGAGCAUGCUGAAAUUAGCAGUUUGCCAAAUGGUUCCAAAUUUGCAGGCCCAAAUGAUCAAAGAUACCCUCGCCAAGUCGCUGGCUUUUGGGGUUACACUUUUCAGAUCAUAUUUCAGAUGCAGGCAGGCGCAGUUGUGCUUACCGACUGUGUUUUCUGGUUUAUCAUAGUCCCAUUUCUUGCCAUUAAAGACUAUAACUUGAAUUUUUUCAUAAUAAAUAUGCAUUCGAUCAAUGCUGUGUUUUUGCUUGGUGACACUGCGUUGAACAGCAUGCGUUUCCCCUGGUUUCGAAUCGCAUACUUUGUCCUUUGGACUUGCGUUUUUGUUGUUUUCCAGUGGAUCGUUCAUGCAUGCAUAUACAUCUGGUGGCCUUAUCCGUUUCUUGAUCUCUCGUCUCCAUUCUCUCCGUUAUGGUACUUAACAGUGGCGUUAUUGCAAGUGCCAUGUUAUGGAAUUUUUGUACUAGUGAUAAAACUAAAACAUUGUCUAUUGUCAAAAUGGUUCCCCGAUUCUACCCGAUUCGUUCUAUAAUUUACCUGAAUAACCGUGGUUUGACUUUCUAAAAAAGGAAAGUCUUCUUUCUAAAGACGAUGGCGAAUUAUUAUUAGAGAUUGAUGGAACUCCAAGAUUUUCAUGUGAGCCUGAUAAAGUUGUUAGAAUGUUAAUAGCAUUCCUAGAAAGUUUGGAAUAUAAUUGUUUGCUGUAAUUAUACGUUAUUAUACACAAGUUUGGAGCAUUAUAGAAGGCAUGUUUCUUGAUCCUUUUCAU